AUGCCAAGCAAGAAGCGUCCUUCGUCGGGAACGUCGAAGGAUGUUACAGCGCGGAGCAGUAACAAAUUGGCCCCCGUGAAUGCCGGCGACUCCGCCAACCCGACUUCGAAUAAGGACGCUGGUUCGACAGCCGAAGCCACUGAUCCCUUCAGCGACAUGAUGGAUCUAGACUUCGAUGCUUUCAUUGACGGAUAUGACGGCGCGGCGGCGUCCAUGGCUUCGCUCUCAUCUCCAAGUACAGGGCUGCAUAGUAAAACGCCUUUCAAGACUCCAGGCCCCAGCCGAAUGGGCACCGUCCCAACCGAAUCCCCAUCGACACAGCAAAACGGUGCCAGCCAGGACGACAGUGCCUCCAGUCACUUUGUCAGCAUGCUCAAUUCGAUCAAUGAAGCAUUCAAAGCGGAAGAUAGUCAACUGGAACGAGUCACCCAGGUCAUCUCCAACACGGAAAAGCCUAGACUUGAGGGGGGUGACAGUACACCUGCGGAUCCACCGGUGGCAGCUCAAUCGCCAGAAAAACAUGCAGAGCCUAUGAAAUCUGACCACGUUCAAGAUUCUCCUCCGCCAGCCAAGCCGUCUCCCACAAACCAGACGGGAAGCAUCACGGCUACGAAGACACCCACUAAUUCGGUUGAGCAAGGAGAGCCGGAGAUAAAUACCUCUCGGAAACGGACAGCGACUCGUAAACCUACGCCAGUGCCGGGAAAAGCCGCCAGACACGCCCCAAAGGCUCCGGAUGGAAAGCCCACGGUAAGACGGGACUUGUUGUCGAGAAUGUUAUCCGGCCUCAGCGACGCGAGCGGCCUCGAUUGGGCGGAUCCCUUGAUUGGCGGCAAGUCAAGUCGUGACGCCCCAAAGAAUGCCUCUCCAUCGUCGAUAGACUCACCAACUUCGAUUGAGAGCAGCGCAUCUGAAGCAAAGGGUGAGUCGACUGCCGAAACAACGACAUCCCCCCCGGAAGUCGUUCAAGCCCCACCGCCCGUCACAGUCGUUGGUGCCGUUUCCAAGGGUGAACCAACCGCCACUGGACCCACAGGUGAGAAGAGCACAUCGUCGAAAAAGGCCCCAAAGAAAGUCUCACCCAUCAUUCGAUUUGGGCCAAACGGUCCUAUUCAACCUUCGUCUUCAUCGUCGCGGACGAAGGUGCAGGAUUCCAAAACGCAAGUGUCUAAGUCACGGCCUUCGACGAACAAGCGCCUGCGCAACGUAAGCGAGGGAAUGAAGCGAUCAUCGAAGCGACCUGCUGCGGCUAAGGACAAUCGAGUUUCGAAGCGGGCGAAUGCGGCCAACAUCAAGCGCAUUUCUGUUCCGGAUAUCGAAGAUGAGUUGACAUCGCAACUUCAUGAGACUCGUUGCGAAUUGGCAUUGAUCACAAAGGAAACACGACAGGCGGGGGGUCGGACUCGGGUCAGUGAGACUAGAAGUCCAUUACUUAUUGACCUCACGAGAGAAGACACCCCCAAAAAGACGAUAGAAGCUAACAAAUUGUCCGAUGGGGUUGGCGUGGUAGACAUUCCAGACAAUUCCGAGCCGUCGCCUCCAUACGAAUCGACAGUUGCCCAGCCGCCAGUAAACCUGAAGCCUGUCUUCGAGGCCCAGCGCAGGGAUGCCACGGUUAAGGUGGACACAAUGAAGAAGAAGGAAAGUGACAGAUCACGAAAAGAGGAUGCCAUCUCAUCGCAAUGGAGCCGAAGCGAAAUCCUCUCCAGACUUGAUCGUCAAAAGAUCAGAGUGAACGAACCCAUCCGGACAGGUGCAUGUAGCAAGUCGCAAGAUGCCUUUGUCCUUCACACCCAGCGGCAACAUGAACCUACUCCGGCUCCCAAGGCAGAGGUAAUGUUGCGUCAACACAUCCUUACCAAGGUACCAAAGCCAAAAGCCGACAAACAGCAGAGCAACGCUGACGAAUCGAGCGAGACUGGUGGAUCUCGUGCAUCGGAGAUGGAGGAUGGCCAGCUCCCACAGCAAACCGACAAUAUAAGACAUAACCUUGAUGGCAUUCUUCACACCAUUACCCAGCGAACACUUGAAUUUAUCAAGGUCAAGGAAGAUGCCUUGAGCGACCUGGUUAAAGAGUAUCAGUCUAACGCGGAGGGUUUCAUUGAUAAAGUUUCAGUCCUCCACAAGAAGGAGAUGCUGGAACGAGCCAGGAUGGUGGGCGACAGACGCCAGGCCUUCGUCAAGGCGUACUCGGAGGCAUCGGACUACUGCGAUCGAUUCAGAGACAAAUUUGAAGCACACCUUAUCCCCGACGUCGGUGAUAGGGCCGCGAAACUUGCCAAGACGCUUGAAUUUGGCAAGGCGGUACACACUGAGCUGCAGAAUAAACUUAGGGACCUAGAGGGGAACAAGGAUAUGGGCAUGGCAGAUUGA